UACCAUUACCCUUAUUGAAUAUUUGAAUUACACCGGUUAAACAUAUUUUGAUGAAUAAAAACCAGAAGUCUAUUUAUUUGCUGAAGCGUUAAAGAAAUAUAUAGAAGGAAGUAAAAAGGAAGUGAAGAUUCUCUCAAGUGAACGUUGAGAUCUGUAAGUACUAGUAUGUCUGAAAGAGCGGAAAACAAAUAUGCGAUCAUUAAAGAGGUCCUCAAAAAGGCCGGUAAAAAAGUUUCACAAAAAGAAAUUGAAGAUGCAAUCAGCCGAUACAACGAUAUGGUGAAAGAACUUGAGCAUUUUAAGAAUCUUUCGAUCAAACAGGAUCAGCAAAGUGGGCAUUCAAAACAGAUUGAAAAGCUCCAAGAUGAAAACAAAAUUUUGAGAGAAGAAACAAAUAAUAUGAAGAAACAAAUAGAAGAACUUCGACACAGAUUUAGUACUUUAGCUGGUCAGAAAAUGAUAAAUGGUAAUCCAGACAUUGCCGAUUUAAGCGACCCCUUCCGGCCUACAAACCUGGCGGAAAAAUUCCAUCAGCUUUAUGACGAUGAGUGGACGCCGGCAUUUGAGUUCCUUGAUAAAACACCUUCGAUGGAUGAGUCAAAAGUAAUUGACUUUUUGGCAAACAUUGUAAAGGAAAUUGACAAAGUGUGCUCAAAAACCAGCGAGAACCAAAUUUCCAAAAUAAAACAGUACAUCACAGAUGAUCUUGUUUCUCCUAAAGUAGAAACGAAGGAAGGCACGAUGGUUGCUACAAAAAGAUCGGCAGUAGAUGAAAAACAGGAAAAGCUUGUCAGCAAUCUACUGGCCGAGUUCAGAAAAUCAUUUGGAAUGUUGUCAGUACAACCACUAGUAGAGUUAUUUGACAAGUACUACAUGGUAAAAAUGAGAAAACCGUGGAAUAUUCCAUCUUCUGCUAAAGAGCUUAACUAUUUUGUCGCAAAAUGUCUGGAGAUAGUAUGGUUGAUGAAGAUACAACAUCCUCCCAUGAAAUUCCUUUGGCUGUAUGAAGGUGAAAAAUGUGACAAAGACAGGUUUUCUUUCUUUACAAAGAGGGGAGAAAAAGUCAAACAAACAGUGUGGCCGGCGGUACUUCUCCACAGUGAAGGACCAUUGGUUGCGAAAGGUGUUAUUCAAGCCAUUUGAAGCUGUACAAUUUAUCCUAUGUUUAUUUCAUUUCACGAUCUGUUGUUAUCAUUCUUUAUUAUCAAUCAUUGAAAAAUGAGUACAUUUGUCAAAAUGCUGAAGAAUUGUGUAUGAAAAUGCAAAGUGACUUUGAAACAAAAUAUAUAGUUAAACGAAAUAUUAUAUUCUCCUUUAGAGUAAUGAAUAUUAAAUGCAGACAGAUCUGACGACAUCUGUAGGCCCAUAUUUGCUUUAAAAAUCCAGUUAUGCGUUUAAAUGAUGUUAACGUUUUAUCCUUUAUGUGUAUAUAAUUAUAAUGUUCUUAUAAAUGAUAAUAAACUCUUUGAAAUAUU